AUGGCGACAACUUACGGUACAUGCUCUUUCUGCGGUCAAAGCCUGAACGAACUUCCAUAUGGCUUGAAGCAGAACUCCAACAAUAUAGACAUCUCGGUUCACACCUUAUGCGCAAAACCACUCCUCUCUGCUUAUCCCGUAUACGACGACGAACAAGCCCCUCAAACUGUGGAACUCAUACCGUCUCGAUGCGCAAAGGGAGGCACGGCUCAUGCAUCGACGUACAGCCCUAACACUUGCUCGGUGUUGAUCUCUCGAACGGGUGAGAACCAGAGCGUCCCCGUCGUCCUUGCGUAUUGCACCGAGGACGAGGCCAAGUCGGUCUAUGAGCGGGGUGAAUAUUUAUUCUACUCGCCGCCGAUGGACAGAGAAACGGCGACGUUCAAUUUGUGGGAUUAUCAGGGGUAUCUGAGCGGACUACAUAGUGCUAGGACAAAGCAAACGGCUGCACCAAGCUUGCCGAAUUACUUUAAGGAGUGA